AUGGCCAGCCCCUACAACCCCUUCACCCCCAUCACCAGGAUGAUUCCGCGCCUGUCGCGUCGCUGCACGCAAUGCGGAGGCUUACGGGAAAAUGGCUCGCAUGGGCGGCAGCGGUGGAUGAGCAGUACACGACAAAAUGGGCCUUCCAAGAGGCCCAAGACUGCCAUCUUCUUCCCUGGCCAGGGCGUACAACGUGUCGCCAUGUGCACCCCAUGGCUCGAAGCCUUCCCCAACACGGCGAAGCCCAUGCUCGACGAAAUCGACGAAGCCCUCCAAGUCCCCUUGACCCGCGUCAUCGAAUUCGGCACCAAUGCCCAACUCACGCAGACGGAGAACGCCCAGCCAGCCAUCAUGGCCACCUCGAUUCUCAUCCUGCGCAUCAUGGAACGCGAGUUUGGCUUCCGCACCGCAGACCGUAUAGACAUUACCCUCGGCCACUCGCUGGGGGAAUUCGCCGCCCUAGUCGCUGGCGGCUACCUCUCCUUCACCGAAGCCCUGAAAAUGGUGCGCCGGCGUGCAGAGGUCAUGUCCCGCUGCUCGGCCGACGCGGUAGCCAGUGAAGGCGGGGAAUUUGGCAUGGUAGCCCUCGUCUGCGAGUCGGAAGCACACAUGCAGUCACUCGUCACGGGCAUCCGCGACUUUCUCGAAGUCGCCGGCCCAGGCUCCAAGCUCGAUUCGCACGACCACUUGCCGGCGGUCCAACAAGUCGCCAUUGCGAACCUGAAUAGCAAAAAUCAGAUUGUGCUGAGUGGCAGUAUUGCGCGCAUCAACACGCUCUUGACCAACCUGAGGCAGUUUGGUGGACACGACCCCAGGCAUGUGCGAUUGAAGAGCGAUUCCCCGUUUCACAGCCCGCUCAUGAAGCCCGCCGAACAGAUGAUGAAGAAGAUUCUGCACACCCCGCUCCCAGAUGGAUCCGACAUCAUCACCUGGCCCGGCCUCAUGCCCUGCAUCUCCAAUGUCUCGGGCAAGCCUUUCGAGAACAAGGAGCAAUUAAAGGACCUGCUCGCCCGCAGCUGCGUCGAAACCGUCCAGUGGUGGAAAAGUGUAAAGUACCUGCACGAGCAGGAAAAGGUGCGCAGAUAUGUGGGCAUUGGGCCGGGCAAGGUGGGCCGGAAUCUGGUGGGCAAGGAGGUGGGCAUGAAGGGGUCCGUCAAAGGUGGCGGGGUCUGGGCUAUCACGAGUCCAAAGGAAAUGGAAGAGGUGGUCAGGGCUUUGGAUGAUACUGAGAAUGGGGAAGACGAGUAG